GUGAUAGUAAAUUCGUGUCAAGAAAAUGUUUUGAAUUUAAUGUUUAUUUUACAUUUUUUGAAAACUAUAUAAUAAAUUAUUAUAAUUAUAAUUUUUUUUUAAAGUGAUAAUUCUUCAAUCUACAAAUAUAAUUAUUAGAUUUACAAAUGAUCUUUUAUACAAUCAUUUAUUAUAAACACAAUUAACACUUAAAAUCUUGAUACAAUUUUAGUUUAUUUUAGCUUAUUUAAUCCGGCACAAGACAGUGGAAUGAUUGAGGUAUCAGCCAAACUUAUUGGUGGCCCUAUAUUUAUGCCAGGUAGUAAAAUUGGAUGUUGUAUAACAUUUACUCAUCCACCGUUGCCAUCAGAUUCUCGAAGCCAAAGUAAUAGUGAUGUUUUGGAAAACUUAGCAUGGGCCAGUGUGCAAAUCAAUUGUUUGUGUUUAACCAACGAUAACAUUAAUUUCCCAUCAGUAAUGCGUGUUACCAAAGAUGAGAAAUUUUUAGGAAAUUCUGAAACUUCAUUUGCACCAUGUUUAACAGAUAAUGGUCAUGUUGUUUUAUCUACAAAACCAAAAAUUUUAUUUUGUGAUGUUGGACUGUCUCCUGGUGAAAAUAAAUCAUAUUUAUACAGCGAAACAUUGCCUAAUGAUGCACCACCGUCAUAUAAAGGACAUUUAGUUAAAUAUGCUUACAAAAUUACAGUUGGUAUGCAACGUUUAAAUAGCCCAAUUAAAUUAUUGAGAGUACCAAUACGUGUUGUAGUCAUACAUGGUAAUUUUUAUAAGAUAAAUAAAUAUUUAUUUGUGACUUAUUCAUUAAUUUGUUUAUUUUGUGUCUUAGGACUUACUGAAGGAGUGACAUGUGAAAAUAGUAUUGAUUUAUCUCCAAGUAACCCAUUUUUAGAGUCUCAAUUUAAACAUGAAGAAUGUGAUAUGGCUCUGCAAAUGCUCCAAAAUUUAACUGCUAAACGAAGUCCCAAUUUUUACAAUAUAACAAACUCUCGAGGGAAAGUAGCUCGGUUUUGUUUAUUCAAACAAGCUUACAGACUUGGCGAAGAUAUAGUUGGAACCUUUGAUUUUGAACAAACUGAUGUAUCUUGUAUUGAGUUCACAGUGAGCUUGCAAUGCGAAGAGGCCGUCAAUAAAGACUUUAUUACAGCCAGCCCAAGACCCAGGAAAGAUAACGUAUCUAUCGUUUCAUAUAACACUCAACAUCAAUUCUGUGCCAAUACUUUGAAAUCAUUUCUGCAGUUGGCUAUACCACUGAACGUAACACCGGCCUUUAGUACACUCCUAGUAUGUGUGAAAUGGAGGCUUCACUUUGAAUUCGUGACCAGUACGAAAACUUCCGGCGAACGAUUGGACGAAACCAAGGAGGGCACUUGCUGGACAGGCCCGGAACACGUAGACAUCGAGACAAUGGUGUGGGAUUUACCCAUACAGAUAUAUCCGUCCGUACCUUCCAUAGCCAAUGACCCACACGCCCAAACGAGGAUAACAAUCGCGAUAUGAUUUUUUUCCCCGCUAUACAUAGGUACUAUAGGUACACCGUUCACAAUGUUUUGUCCGUUUUAUAAAAAUAAUAAUGUGUAUUAUUAUUAUAUUUUUUUUUAUAUGAAUUAUCAAUCAAAACAUUUUUUACACCUAUUAUUAUUUUUUUGUUUAUUAUUGGUA